AUGUCUCUAUCCGUGGAUAUCAUCACGCCCAACGGGCACAGCUAUCAGCAGCCCACCGGUCUCUUCAUCAACAACGAAUUUGUUGCAUCGAGCGGGCAGACUAUCACUUCGAUCGACCCUGCUACCGACAAGCCCAUUGCUACCGUACAUGCUGCAGGUGCCGACGAUGUCGAUCGUGCGGUUAAAGCCGCCAAAUCAGCACUGGCGCACCCCUCAUGGAAGCUUCUCCCUGCCACCGAACGCGGCCAGCUGAUGGCCCGACUGGCUGAUCUGAUGGAAAAGAACAGAGAGCUUCUUGCUUCCAUUGAUGCAUGGGAUAACGGUAAACCUUAUCACGUUGCGUUCGAGGAGGACCUCACCGAGGCCAUCACCACCAUUCGUUACUACAGCGGCUGGGCCGACAAGACAUUCGGACAGACAAUCAACACCACCUCACAAAAGUUCGCAUACACUAUCCGUCAGCCUAUCGGCGUUGUUGGUCAAAUUAUUCCAUGGAAUUACCCAUUGUCCAUGGCAACCUGGAAAUUAGGCCCUGCUCUGGCAUGCGGUAACACCGUCGUGUUGAAGCCCGCGGAGCAGACCCCGCUUAGCGUCCUGGUCUUCGGCAAGCUUAUCGCCGAGGCUGGCUUCCCUCCUGGUGUCGUCAACAUCGUCAACGGCUAUGGUCGCGAGGCCGGCGCGGCACUCUCUUCUCACCCGCUUGUGGACAAGGUGGCAUUCACUGGAUCCACGGGCACGGCUCGUGAGAUCAUGAAGAUGGCCGCCGGGUCAUUAAAGAACAUCACCCUCGAAACGGGUGGCAAGUCGCCGUUGCUGGUAUUCCCUGACGCCGAUAUGGACCAGGCGGUCAAGUGGUCGCACUUCGGUAUCAUGUCGAACCAGGGCCAGAUUUGUACUGCGACUUCGCGGAUCUUCGUGCACCGGGAUGUCCUGCCGACCUUCCUGCCCAAGUUCAAGGAGGCCGUGGAGAGCGUCAAGAUCGGCGACCAGUGGGAUGCAUCGACAUUCCAGGGUCCGCAGGUGACGCGCGCUCAGUACGAGCGUAUUCUCUCUUACUUCGAAAUUGCCAAGAGCGAGGGAGCGACCAUCCUGACUGGCGGUGCUUCCUAUACUCCUGCAAACGUUGAACACAAGAACGGAUACUUUGUUCAGCCUACUAUUAUUACCGAUGUCACCGACUCGAUGCGCAUUGUCCGCGAGGAAGUCUUCGGUCCGGUGGUAGUAAUCUCGCCUUUCGACACAGAGGAAGAGGCCAUUCGUCGCGCUAAUGAUACAGAGUACGGCCUAGGUGCGGCUGUCUUCACGAAGGAUCUGGAGCGUGCUCACCGUGUGGCCGCGGAAAUUGAGUCUGGCAUGGUGUGGGUGAACAGCAGUCAGGACUGUGAUCCUCGUGUGCCAUUUGGUGGUGUCAAGCAGAGUGGAAUUGGCCGAGAGCUUGGGGAGGCUGGCUUGGACGCUUAUAGCCAGAUCAAGGCUGUACACGUCAACAUGGGCACCAAGUUGUAG